AUGAGACACAUACUGGAGAAAGAUCCUCUUAUUUUACCUGAAAACUUCGAUCUCGAUCGACUCUUUGCUUUUUCUUGUAGUGAAAUCUCUCUCAGAAUGCCAAAGGAUAAAAGUAGCAGCACUUUCUCAAAUAAGUCUCAUGAUUUGUUUUACAAGCCUUACUCGACAACGCGGGGGGCAUCGCCCAAGCAGGAGGACACCGCCGAGUGGGAGGACACCAGUACAUCAAAGCUCACGCGAAAGCUCAGUCACCCAGCAACGCCAGCGUCAACACCUUCAUCACCAGCGGCGGCGGCUUGCAAAGGCUUGGAGCUCGUGUGCCCGCUGUGCCGGGGCAAAGUUAGCGGCUGGAAGGUGGUGGAGAGAGCCCGGCAGAAGCUCAACGUGAAGCGGCGGGGCUGCGCUCACGACUCGUGCGCGUACGUCGGGGCUUACGACCAGCUGCGCAAGCACGCCAGAUAUGUGCAUCCUUACGCUCGCCCCUCGGAGGUUGAUCCGGCUCGCCAGAGGGACUGGUGGCGGCUCGAGAGCCAGAGGGACUUGGGCGACGUUUUCAGCACCAUCCAGUCGGCGAUGCCGGGGGCGACUAUCGUCGGGGACUACGUGAUCGAGGAUGGCGACGAGGAGGACGAGGAGCGGGACGAGGAGCACGAGCACGAGUUCGAUCUGGAGCACGAGCACGACGACGAGGACGAGGACGACGACGAGGACCAGUUCCACGACAACAACGCUGGCGUUGGCGGUGGUGGCAGUGUCUUUGGGGGAUCGUCGUCUUCGUCCUCUGCCGCUAGCAGCCGAGAUCAUCACACGAGCAGCAGCGGUGGGAGCAGCCACUCUCAUCACCAGCAGCAGCAGCAGCAUCGCGCUCACGGCGGCAGCAGCCGCCAGCAGCAUUACCAACCCCGUCACCGCCAUCACCUCGGUGUGGCUCCGCCGCCCAGGAGCUACCGAGGAGCCACAUCGCCAUACUUUGCGCCCCGUGGGUUCUUGGGGCUAGGGUUUAUGGCGACCGCGAUCUUGUGGAGCGCGCAUUCUCCGCCUCUCCCGCAAUGCGGCGUCUCGAUCGGAGUGUUUCGAACGUCCCGAGCAGGGGCAUCGGCUUCGGCGGCGGUGGCGCCGUCCUGUGCCACUGGUGCCGACGAGAUUUUCAGCGUGCGCGGUGCCGAGGAGGCGUCCAAGCAGAUCGAGACGAGAGUCGCCAAGCUGGUGAGUGCCUUCUCGUCGCCGGGGGGGAAAUCACAGGAUCUGGAGGGUGUAGCGCUGUGUCCUCGUGUGGCGGGGCGUGUCCUAGAGAGGAUGUCCGACCCAGAUGCCGCGCUGCGCUUCUUCCACUGGGCGAGCAAGCAGCAGGGCUUCGAUCACAACGUCUACACCUACAAUCGCCUGUUUGAGGCGCUGCUGCGGGCUCGCCGGAUCGAUGAGACUUGCCACAUCCUUAAGAACGGGUGGCCUCCCGGGAUCACGCCCAACGUCUUCACGUAUGCUGUGGUGAUCCAGGGCCUGUGUAAGUCCGGGGAUCUGGACAAGGCUUGCGAGCUCCUGGAGGAGAUGAGAGAAUCCGGGCCCGUCCCAGAUGCCGCGAUUUACAACUUCGUCAUCCAUGCUCUCUGCAAGGCCAGGAACACCGCAAAGGCUCUCGACUACUUUAGAAGCAUGGAAUGUGAAAAGAAUGUGAUCACGUGGACCAUUAUGAUCGAUGGCCUCUGCAAGGCGAAUCGCCUGCCCGAGGCCACCACCUAUUUCGCGAAGAUGAAGAAGAAAGGUACUGUGCCUAACGAGUGGACUUACAAUGUGCUGAUCAAUGGAUUUUGCAAGGUACACAAGGUGCACAGAGCCUACUUGCUGCUCAAGGAGAUGAAAGAGUCGGGGCUUGCUCCAAAUGUGGUGACUUACAGCACGGUUAUCCAUGGAUUCUGCCGGCAGACAAAGGUUGACACGGCUUACAAGCUCUUCCGGCAAAUGGUGGAGAACGGCUGCAUGCCAAACCUUGUGACUUACAACACGCUGCUCUCGGGGCUGUGCCGCAAUGGGCUCAUGGACGAGGCUUAUGAGCUUUUGGACGAGAUGAGGGAACGGGGGCUCCAGCCGGACAAGUUCAGCUAUGACACCCUCAUGGCUGGGCUUUGCAAGACUGGGAAGAUCGAUAUGGCUUUGAAAGUCUUCGAGGAUAACAGCAACGGUGAUUGUCCUCCGGACGUUGUAGCUUACAGCACUCUCAUCGCUGGGCUUUGCAAGGCUGGAAGGCUGGACGAGGCUUGCAAGCUCUUUGAGAAAAUGCGAGAGAACUCCUGCGAGCCUGACGUUGUCACUUUCACGGCACUCAUGGAUGGACUGUGCAAAGGGGACCGUUUGCAAGAGGCGCAACAGGUUUUGGAGACGAUGGAGGACCGGAACUGCACUCCCAACGUGAUCACUUACAGCAGCCUGAUCGACGGGCUUUGCAAGACUGGCCAGGUGCGAGACGCUCAAGAGGUUUUCAAGAGAAUGAUAGUCCGGGGCAUUGAGCCAAACGUGGUGACUUACAACAGCUUGAUCCAUGGCUUUUGCAUGACCAACGGGGUAGACUCCGCACUUUUGCUAAUGGAAGAGAUGACAGCAACAGGGUGCCUUCCGGAUAUCAUCACCUACAACACACUUAUUGACGGACUUUGCAAGACGGGAAGGGCGCCGGAAGCGAACAGGCUGUUUGGAGACAUGAAGGCCAAGUUUUGCAACCCGGAUGUUAUCACGUACAGCUGCUUGAUCGGCGGGUUUUGUAAGCUGGAGAGAAUCGACAUGGCUCGCACGUUGUUCGAUGACAUGCUCAAGCAGGCAGUCCUCCCCGAUGUCGUCACUUUCUCGACACUAGUGGAAGGAUACUGUAAUGCUGGACUGGUGGAUGAUGCCGAGAGGCUUCUGGAAGAGAUGGUUGCCAGUGACUGCUCUCCGGACGUGUAUACUUACACAAGCCUGGUCGACGGCUUCUGCAAAGUCGGAAGAAUGGUGGAGGCGCGCAGAGUUCUCAAGCGAAUGGCCAAGCGGGGAUGCCAGCCCAACGUGGUGACUUACACCGCUCUCAUUGACGCGUUCUGCAGAGCUGGGAAGCCGACGGUGGCUUACAGGCUGUUGGAGGAGAUGGUUGGCAACGGCGUCCAGCCGAACGUUAUCACGUACAGGAGCUUGAUCGGUGGCUUCUGUGGGACUGGGGACCUGGAAGAGGCUCGCAAGAUCCUCGAGAGACUGGAGCGCGACGAGAACUGCAAGGCGGAUAUGUUCGCGUACCGGGUGAUGAUGGACGGGCUGUGUAGAACAGGGAGAAUGAGCGCAGCUCUGGAGCUUCUCGAGGCCAUCAAGCAGAGUGGCACGCCUCCUCGCCACGAUAUCUAUGUGGCGUUGAUCAGGGGGCUGUGCCAGGGGAAGGAGCUCGGCAAAGCCAUGGAAGUUUUGGAAGAGAUGACGCUCUCGAGGAAAAGCAGGCCAAAUGCCGAGGCUUACGAGGCGGUGAUCCAGGAGCUAGCAAGAGAAGGGAGGCACGAAGAGGCAAACGCGCUCGCAGACGAAUUACUUGGUAACAAAGGCCAGUAAAAAGAGAUUGUAAUCACAAAUCCUGAAUAUUGUGUGAAUACUAUAGAUGUUCUCCUGGUAUGUUUCCUAAGGCUUUUGCAGAAAUCAACAACAGUGGCCGUAAAACUUAUGUUCGAUACCACUCAUUUGCUAGCGAUAAGGCAAAGGCUAUAUUAUCCAUCGUGUCAUAAUAGAAUGUCAUUGACUUUUUCAA